AACUGACGAUCCUCAUAUGCAACCGAGUCCUAUUGCUAUUAGACCAGACGUGUUGAGUGAACAAGCCAGAGCCAUGUUAAGCGAAGAAUUCAAUAGACAUAAUCUACGUAUUAGAGAAAUCUGUCAAGAGGCUAAUAUAACAAUCGAUGAUGUUAUGAAAUAUUUAGGCAACCCGCGUAGUCUCACAUUCGCACAGCAACAACAGCAACCCCAACAAAUCCAACCAAUUCAACAAUCGUACUCGCAUCAUCAUCAUCAGCCAAACCAUCUUCUUGACUUCGCCAUAAAUGAUAGACGUAAAAUAGAAUCAAUAGAUUUCAUUGAGAAACCACAUGUGCGUACUCGCUUUGUAAUGAAAUCGAUGGCGGAAAUCCGAGAGAAGUUUAAAAAUCUCAAGGAUCGAGCAGGCUACGAAUCUGUGUGUAUCAUUGUUCCGAAUCGAAAUAUGAUUGACACCUCCCAUCAAUUGUUUGGUUCUUUGACGGGGGAAAAGUUUGCUCGAAAAUCACCACUUUUGCAGUCAAUUCCAAAUGAUUUUCAUGUUUUCGCGCAGAAUGAUUAUUUAGAAUCUAUUGGACGCAUUAUUCCGGAAAGUUCAAUGCAUAUUCCAAAUCUAUCGACAACUAGUCCAUUGACUCCAAUCACGCCCUUUUUAACAUCUCUUCAAACAUCGAGUCCAGUUGUUACUACAGCUCAACCUCAAAAUAUUGCUUCGACUUCAUCUUCAUCAAUUACUUCGUCUUCAACAGAAGUACCAAUAGUAGCUGAACCUUUGCAGACACCGGAAUCAUCUGAACCACUACCACAUUUGGAAAACUUUUCUUCGAACACAACCAAGAAGAUUAUCCGAGAAACUUUACGGAACAAAUUACGCAAGUAUUACGUGACAAAAGCAAUUUUGGGCACUACAAGUCGGAACAUAAAUGCGUCAGCAUUAGCGAAAAGAAACGUAGCGGUGAUGGGAUGGCCUAGUGAUAUUCCUUUCACUACCGAUAUUGGUCCGCUUUCAGUAACGGAGAAAAAACGUCUCUGGGAGUGCAUGAGCGGAAUAACGUUUUAUAAGAUCUCAAAAGGCAAUGUUGCCGGUGAAUAUGCUGAUAAUGAUGAAGACCCUAAUAACAAAGACGACAAUAACAUUAAUGUCGAGA